CUAGUGCAUUGGGCGCCAUCUAGUGGGAGUGGGAACGAAUUAUGCGAAUGGAAAUAUAUUAAAUUUUGUUACUUUUCUGUUAAAAUUGCUGAAUAUGCUGAAACCAUACAACAAAUGAUGAAACAAAGACAGAAGAACAAAAUAUAUGAUGGGUCCUAUAAGUAUCUCUACAAAGAAAAAGAAAGUGGCAGUGAUAGUGGUGAUGAAAUAGAAUUAUACCUUAGCACCAAGCCUCAAAAAAUUGACACACCAACUAUAGAAAAAGUUGUUGAAGAAGGUGAUACUUUGCAAGCACUAGCAAUACGUUAUCAUUGUAAUAUUGGCGAUUUAAAACGAAUUAAUUCGAUUCAAAAUGACAAUGAAAUUUUUGCAAAACGAAUCAUCAAAGUGCCUUAUAGACCUUUUACAAUGGCCCUUGCUGGGGUACAUGUCAGUGGAAGAAGCUCUCCAGAUGCUGUACAGCCUUCUACUUCGAAACUUGUGGAUAUAGACUCUGUAAAUACAAAAUUAAACCAGGAAAUUUCUGAAGUGAAUGAAAUUAUUUUUAAUAGUCAGAUUACACAUAAAAUCGUAGAGAGGCAUGUAGAAGAUGUAUGUGAAGAAGAUUGUGAUGAUCAAGUGAAUUUGUUACCUCAAAAUGAGAGAACUUUACCUGAAAAUGAUGUGUUCUCCAAGUUGAACUGUAAUGGGGCAGAUGCUGGUAUAUCCUGGAAAAUACUCAUAAUUUGCAUAGUGAUUGUAGUUCUUGCACUACCUCUAAUAUAUGUUUUUUACAUCGCUGAGCAUCCAGAUGAAUAUCACCACCACAGCUCAUGAUAAAAUGGACAUUUUUAUCAUUCCGUUAGAAGUACUGAUUGAUUCUUAACUAAAAAAUAUUAGAUUAACCAUGUGCCUGAUGACAAAAACCUCAACACCAUCAUGUGAAUGAAUCUAAUUACUUCUAAAAAAGUCAAAACUUUCUAUGUAUCCAUAGAGUAAAUGAUUGUGAUAGAAAGAUUUGUUGAAAUAAAAAUAACAGAAAGAAUUGUAGAAUGCAAUAGAAAUGAACCACUGAAUAAUAAUGAGGAGUUAGUGUCUUCAAAAAUUGAG